GCGGGAAAUGCCUUAAAAGAGGUCACGGCACGGCGGGGAUCACACACACGCUCGAGGACAAGAAGUUAAACACGCGAGAUGAUCUGGACUGUUUUCCUGCUGGUUCAUGUUGUACUUCUCUACUUUCUUCUCACACACAGAUCCAGGUCCCAGGGUGAACCACCGUUAGACAAGGGCGCUAUCCCGUGGUUGGGACAUGCGCUUGAAUUUGGGAAAGAUGCAGAGAAGUUCUUGAGACGAAUGAAGAAGAAGCACGGCGACAUCUUCACCGUGCGUGUUGCCGGGCGUUAUGUGACAGUGCUGCUGGAUCCUCACUCGUACGACUGUGUGAUCAACGACAGCGACUCGCUGGACUUUGAGCGCUACGCCGAGGUGCUCAUGGAGAGAAUCUUCAAGCUGCGGCUCCCACGUCAUCAUCAGGCCGCUCGGACAAAAGUGCUGAUGAAACAGCACUUCCUUGGAACGAAUUUGGCUGCCCUAAACCGUGCCAUGAGCGGGCACCUGGAGGCCUUGCUGAAAGCCGAGAUGCCCCCGAACCAGAAAUACCGGAACCAGACCAGACUGUUUGACUUCUCAUAUAGCAUUGUCUUCAAGGCGGGUUACCUGACGCUCUUUGGAGGAGAGCAGAAUAACAAUUGUGCCGACCCUUCCUGCGUUUACGACGAGUACCGCAAGUUUGACAGUCUCCUAACCAAGCUGGCCAGAGGCACCUUGAAGCCAGAAGAGAGGAGGACGGCCCAAAGUGUUCGUCACAGACUGUGGGAACUUUUGGGCCCUGCAGGUCAGACGGAGGACUCGGGGUCCAAGCGGUGGCUUCAUGGCUACAGGCGACUUCUGCAGCGGGAGGGAGCAGACAAGGAGAUGCAGAGGAGGGCCGUACUCAUGCAACUGUGGGCCACUCAGGGUAACGUCGGCCCUGCCGCCUUUUGGCUUUUGGGAUUCUUGUUAACAAAUCCUGAAGCGCUGACUGCAGUGAGGAGGGAGUUCAAGCAGAUUGCACACAUGGAAACAUCAGGAGCUUCCAUGCUCAACGCUCCUGGAAACACGCCUGUCUUUGACAGCGCCUUGGAGGAGACACUCAGACUCACCGCCGCCCCCUUCAUCACCAGAGAGGUAUUGCAGGAGAAGACCAUUCAAAUGGCCAACGGUCAAGAGUACCGACUACGGAAAGGAGACCGGGUGUGCUUGUUCCCGUUCACCAGCCCUCAAAUGGACCCUGACAUUCACCCCGAACCGCAGAAGUUCCAGUUUGACCGCUUCCUGAAUGAAGAUGGAUCCCCUAAAAGGGGUUUUUAUAAAGGAGGGAGGCGGCUGAAAUAUUACACCAUGCCAUGGGGGGCGGGGACCAAUGGCUGUGUGGGAAAGCACUUUGCCAUCAAUACCAUCAGACAGUUUGCUUACUUGCUGUUGAAUAUGGAUUUGGAAUUAUGCGACGUAAACGCUCAGAUGCCGGAGAUAAACGCCAGUCGUUAUGGAUUCGGGAUGCUACAACCGCAGGGGGACUUGCUGGUGCGCUUUAAAGCCCGGACCACGCACUAGCCCUUGACAGAAAAGUCGUAUUUAUUUCUACAUUUCAGCACCUCUACAUUGUGUACACAUGUCAAAAAAGCCCUUUUUACUUUUUGUACUCCGUAUUUAUAAUAGUUUUUGUUAUUUAAAAAUAAAUGGGUUUCAUACUUA